GAGGAGAAUGACAAAUUCGUUUUGCGGUUGUCUCCACCCCUGCCGCAAACAUCCGGGCACUGUGGCGUCACCGCCCCUCCGUACGAGGAAGACAAGGCAGGAGCCAGAGCGGCAUACUGACAGAAACUGAAAAUAUUCACCCAAGCACAACAGCGGAGAAGGAAAAAAUACUGGAACAACGUUUAGAAACCCAUUUACGGUACCGUACACAAAGAAACGUAGAAUACUGAGGGAAAAGAGCGCAGGGUUGGUGGAUUUCUUGUAACACUGACGGGGUAGCGGCUGUCAGGUUGAGCUGUCACACUGGAAACAGAGGUUAAAUUAUACUGUAAAAGGGUUUGGCCUUAUUUCCAAAUUGGAGUCACUUAUAUUUCACUGGGUGGCUGCGGGCUGAACCAACCCACUUGACUCUGUCUAAAGAAGCUCUGGCGUUUUCUGGACAAAGAUUUUCUGCUUGUUGCUGGACUGCAAGAAAGCUGAACCAAAAGUGAGCAAAGAAAAUGGGGACACCUGGAUCUGGAAGGAAACGUGCUCCUAUUAAAGACAGAUUCUCAGCAGAGGAUGAGGCCUUGGGUAGCAUUGCCCGGGAGGCCGAGGCAAGACUUGCUGCUAAACGGGCUGCAAGAGCAGAGGCACGGGAUAUCCGAAUGAGAGAAUUGGAGCGGCAACAGAAAGAGCUUUCUCGUCAUUCAUCCGAUAGAAAAUGGGGACAAAUCAAUCAGUGGAUGGAAGAUACAGAAAAAGCCAAAUAUGGUCAUAGAUCCAGUGGCCGUCACCAUCGGGCGGUCGAUGAUGAUGUGAUGCCUGUCCGCAGUGUCGGCAGCUAUAGGCACUCCUCCUCCUCAUUGCGAGAUGUGAGCGGCUCUCACAACAGUAGAGCAAACACUUCCCGAAGAAGAGACCUUGUGUCUGACAGCCUAAAGGACAAGUCAUCCACAAAAAGCUCACGAUCAUCAAGCUCUUCUUACAGUGCCUCUUACGGUGUCACGAGCACGCCUGUUUCCAGUAACUCCAGGAAGGAUCUGUUGAGUGGAUAUUACCAUGACCAAAGAAACUACAGCAGCCUAAAACACUCCAAACCUGUUUCUUCUUACCAUACCCGGUCCUCUUCAUUAUACAGUGACCCACUCGCAACAACACCCAAGAGUUACAGGUCAUCCUCUAGUACAGACUCUCGUGGUCUGACACGGAGCUACAGUUUGGCUUCUUUGUGUGACGAUGGUCUCUAUGGUUCAUACAGUAGUUUAAGAGCUCCUUCAGAAUACAGCUAUUCUUCUUCUUCAAGAGCAAGCUCCACUCGUAGCAGCCCUAUGUCUUCUGAUGAUGACACAACGAGCACUGUCUCCCAGGAUCGUGCCAGCCGUGGGCGGAGGGACAGUGUGUCCUCUGACUUCUCUGAUAUAAGUGAGUCAGCUGCAGAUUAUUUUAGCCGCGCUAACCGCAGGGGGAGCAUUGUAUCUGACUUGGAUGAUCUUAGCAUCCCAGACCUGGACAGUCUGGAUGACAAGAGUGACAAGCAUUUCACUGACUCAUUCACUCGGCCAGUGUCCCGUAAUGCUGUACCUGGAUUAUCUGCUGCUGCACUGGCCUCCUUGGGUGGGACCUCGUCUCGGAGAGGAAGCGGGGAUACUGGCAGUAUAGUAGAUCCAGACGCUUCACUCAGUGAAUUGAGGGAUAUCUAUGAUCUUAAGGACCAGAUACAAGAUGUAGAAGGGAGAUACAUGCAGGGACUAAAAGAGCUCAAGGAUUCAUUGACAGAAGUGGAAGAGAAGUACAAAAAAGCAAUGGUCUCCAACGCACAGCUGGACAAUGAGAAAGCAAACCUGAUCUAUCAGGUGGACACGCUCAAAGAUGUAAUUGAGGAGAUGGAGGAACUGAUGGCAGAAAUGCAUCGAGAAACCGAAGAUAAAUCAAAGGAAUUAGAGCGACAAAAGCACACGUGUAACGUCCUUCAGCAUAAAAUAGAGGAACUUAAAGAAGGUGUUCGCCAAAGAGAUGAGCUAAUCGAGGAGAACCAGGGUAUGCAGCAAAAGUUAGAUUCUCGCACCAGGGAAGUGUUUGAUCUGCAGGAAACGAUUAACUGGAAGGACAAAAAAAUUGGGGCCCUAGAGAGGCAGAAAGAGUACUUUGACUGCAUUAGAAAUGAGCGAGAUGAGCUCAGAGAUGAGCUGGCUGUCCUCAAUGGAAAAAUGAAGACAGGAGAGAAACAUGGGCUGGUGAUUAUCCCAGAAGGCAUGCCAAAUGGUGAUCUAAACCAUGAACCUGUGGUUGGUGCAAUAACUGUGGUGACGCAAGAAGCUGCUCAGGUUCUUGAAUCUGCAGGAGAAGGACCAUUAGACGUCAGGCUAAGAAAACUUGCAGAUGAAAAGGAAGAACUUAUAGCCCAGAUCAGGAAGCUGAAAAUGCAGCUGGAAGAAGAACGGCAGAAGAGCUCCAAGAUCGAGAGCGUGUUAACAGAUGGAGAGCGCCUUGAGAACGGCACAGACUUGCAGUUCAUUGAAAUGCAGCGAGAUGCCAACAGACAGAUAAGUGAAUACAAGUUUAAGCUGUCCAAGGCAGAACAAGAAAUGUGUACAAUGGAACAAAACAUAAACAGACUUGAAGGGCAGGUGUCUCGGUACAAAGCAUCCAGUGAGAAUUCAGAAAAAAUUGAGGAUGAACUAAAAGCAGAAAAGAGGAGACUUCAAAGAGAGUUGAGAACAUCCUUGGACAAGAUAGAAGAGAUGGAGAUGACCAAUAGCCACUUAGUGAAGCGAUUAGAGAAGAUGAAAGCUAACAGGAAUGCUAUUCUGUCACAGCAGUAAGGGGUGGAGACAGAGACAGCAACCGCUAAGAGAGCAACGCACUGCAACUUAAAUUAACAAGCCCUUCGUGUCAUAAACUUUAAACUUUUCACGUCAGCACAAACACUUUGAAACACCUUGGACCGUGUUCAUGAAUAAUUAUCUAGUUUUAUAGCAAAAUACUGGCAUACUUUUUUCUUUUGUAAUUUAUAUGAAUGAAAGCAUUGGCUAUUCAAUGUCUGUAUGAUCAUUGUGAACUUUUAUUUGCUGUCCUGGUUUAGCAGCUUGAUUCUUAGAUUAUAGAGAUGGGGUGUGUAUUUUCUAUGAUUUGCUAGUUAUUUUUUUUUUGUUUUUGUUUUUGUUUGUUUGUUUUCUGAGCUUUAUACAUCAAGUUGAUUCACUAAACGUUUGUAUUUUUCCCUGCUGCUUGGAUGAUGCUGGGUGCUUGGACUUUUCUUUGGAUGACUUGCAUGAAUUCAAUGGGAUACUAUAUUUUGCUUCUCAACUAUAAUAUAAAUAAUGGCUGCUCAUACCCUGCACCCAUUGUGCAAGUGCCUUUUACAUGGUGCAAAGGAGAUUCCAGGUUCAGAAGCACUGCAUUUUAUAUAAAAUAAUGCUGGUACAAAUGAUGUAGUUAAUCUAGUGUGCAGUUGGGGGGGGGGGGGGAAAUACAUCCAAUAAACAAUGUUAAGUUUUAAUGGUUAAGAAAAUGUACUUGGGGGGGGGGGGGGGGGGGUUGUGGAUUUUUUUUUUCUUGAAAGAAAAAUUUAAACAUUAGUAAGGACUGUAUAUAAAUGUUGAGGUUUUUUUGCAUGGCUUAUAAUUUGGGAUUUCAGACAGGAUAUUAGUCCUGGCACCCUUAAUUUUGGGUAUGUGACAGCAAAAAAAAAAAAGGAGAUAAAAAAAAAAAACGCUAUGUGCUGUAAUUUCUUAAACUGUAUUCUUUACUGCUUGAUUGUUAAGCAGGUUCUCAGGAGCACCAGAAGUUUGUGACCGGGGCAGCUAAAACAUUAAACAAGACACUUUAUAAAGAAGAGGAAGGUUUUUAUUUUUAUUGUGUUCACUUACAAAUAAUUUGGUUUUUAAUAUAACUUAUUUUUUCAGCUGUACUUGACAAUUAUGUUUCCUGAUUUAGGAUAUAUAUAUAUGUAUAUGUAUAUGUAUGUGUGUAUAAUAUAUAUAUAUAUAUAUAUAUAUAUAUAUAUAUAUAUAUGUAUAUUAUUAUUGACACCCUACGCUUCUCAUACCAUAAUUCAGUGGUUUUUAACCUUUUUUUAAAACUGUACCCCUUGUGUCUGAAGGUUUCAGCUCAAGUAGUGCUUUACAAUUUUUGCGCCACAGAAUGGUACCACAGUUGCAGUAAAAGGCAGAAUAAUCUGAUUAACAAUUGGCCGAGCAUCGCCCGGAUGGGAAGGGCUUAGAUCGGCAAGGGUGUCCUCGGCUCACAGCGCACCAGCGACCCCUGUAGAUUGGCCUGCGGGCUUGCCUGUAAGCUGCCCAGAGCUGCAUUGUCCUCCAACACUGUAGCUCUGAGGUAGCUGCAUGGCGGGCCUGCAGAGUGGGGGAAAAAAAAGCGGUUGGCUGAUGGCACACGUUUUGGAGGACAGCGUGUGUUCGUCUUUGCCGCUUCUGAGUCAGCGCAGGGGUGGUAGCGUUGAGCCGAGCCUAAAAUAAUGCAAUUAGUCAUUUCAGAUUGGGAGAAAAAUUGGGUAAAAAUCAAUUGGCGACUACUAAAUAAAAAUAAAAAAAUGAACCUCAAGAUAAAACUAGUAACUAACAUUGAUAUGCUUUUUAUUAAAGUCAACAUAAAAAUGAUCUAAAGGGUUUCGGUAUACAUUUCGUAGAAGACUCUUCUGUUUUCUUUCUUAGUUUUUCUCUUUUGCAAGUAAGAAAUGUAUGAUUUUUUUUUUUUUUUACUCGAAACAAAACACAGGAUAAUCUGGAUGUACGCUAUCAAGCACUGAAAACAAUUCAACCAGAUGCUAUUGUUACUAAAGUGCAGCCCCGCCUGAGAUAUAUCAUAGUGGAAACACUCUCAUUCGAAACGUAUAGCAUACAGGUGGAUGAAAAUGUUGAAACUAUAGUCGACUGUACACUUUGAGCUGCUAAACAAGAAUGAAAUAUGUAUGCACACUGGUUAAGAGACUAUAUAAUACCAUUAAGAAAUCAAUUCAAGAUGAUUGUUUUUGUUUACUUUCAUUUUAUUUGUGCAUGUCCUGACUCUUAGAAAUACCCUGGUUGAAAACCCCUGCCAUAAUUCAAGUUAAUAAAUUAAGGACAAACAUAUUAGACUUAAACCACUUUUUAAUAAAACAAAAAGCAAAAUACACAUUUUUUGGUAAUUUAGCAAAUAAUCUUAUAAAAAAAAAAAACAUCUUUAAAGUAUUCGUUCUUGACAAAAGUAUUGGCACCCCUCCUUUUGUUUUUAUUAGCUUUCAGGUGGUUAUGAUAAUUAACUAAGAUGUUACAUCUCAUUGGUGAAAUCUGGGCCCAUUUUGUCUUACAUAUCCCCUUCAGCUCAGUCAGAUUGGAUACACAAGGCUUGGCUACAGCUUUGUUCAAGUCAGUCCAAAGCAUUUCUUGAGAACUGGUGAUUGCAAAGGUCAUUCUAGAACUUUUAUCUUUUGCUUUCUUCAAGAAUUCCAGCAUUGACUUAGCUGUAUGCUUUGAGUCAUUGUUGUGUUGGAAGAUAAACUGUCUGCCAGUCAGCCUGUGAGCAGAUGGUAUCAUUGUACUUUGUAGGAUGUUUUGAUACAUGGCUGCAUUCAUUCGAUCUUGUCACAAAACUGCAAAAAACAUCAUGAUCAAACUAUAGACCCUUUAUAUUUUAAUCUCAUUGGACCAGGGAAUUUUGUUGAAGCAUGCUUUAGAUUCCUGUUUAUAUUUCUUUGUGUUAUUAAUUUCCAUUAAAAGUGGUCUGUAGCGAGGUCUAAGUGUAUGCAACACUUCUGUGUUCAGGUGCCUUUAUACAGUUCUUUCGUGCACUAUUAUGCCUGAUGCAUAAUAAUCUUUUAUAUUGUUUUGCUGCUCGGACAAUUCUCCUUCCUGCUGUAACUGUAAUUUUCUUUGCAUGUUCACUUCUUUCAAGUGUUUCCGUUGAAUUUGUUAUGUGGUACUUCUUGAUUUUUUGCUGAUUGGAUUUUGGUAUUCCUUAUUUGUCAUACACUGUUCUGGGGACAUUGCUUUUGUUUGUUGUUUCCUGUGAGUGCUUUUUUCAAACAUGAACUCCUUUGUCAUGACAAUCAUCUGUUGUGUUGCCAAAAUGUUCAACAGAUGUUGGAAAUAAUUACUUAUUUUUCCGUCAAUUGGCUUUAUAAUGCACUUUUAAUGUAAAGGUGCCAAUACCUUUUGUCAUAAAUACAUGUUUGAAACUGUGUGUGCGUGUGCGUGUGUGUAGGAGGCUGUGUGGUCCAGUGGUUAAAGAAAAGGGCUUGUAACUAGAAGGUCCCCGGUUCAAAUCCCGGCUCAGCCACUGACUCAUUGUGUGACCCUGAGCAAGUCACUUAACCUCCUUGUGCUCCGUCUUUCGGGUGAGACGUAAUUGUAAGUGACUCUGCAGCUGAUGCAUAGUUCACACACACGAGUCUCUGUAAGUCGCCUUGGAUAAAGGCAUCUGCUAAAUAAACAAAUAAUAAUAAUAAUAAUAUCUAGGUAGUGGCCAAAAAAACACUAAUGUAAAGUCACUUAAUAGGGUGUUGGGCCACUAUGGUAUCCCGCUCUGUGGAGUUCUCGGUGGACCGUUUUUGAUGAAACUGGCUGCUUGCGCCCCAGGUUGAAAUUUGCAGUCAAUUGAUCUGCAGUUGCUCGCCUGUUUUGCCUUGCACUUCGAAUUAACGCACGGAUAUCGCAAUCCUGGAGUAUGCGCUUCCGCCCACAUGCUGGCAUCACCUUAGACACCGUUGCUCGUGAAACAUCAGCAAGUUGAGUUGUCUUGGUCAACGAAGCUCCUGCCAAACACGCCCCAACAAUCACCCCUCUUUCAAAGUCACUGAGGUCUCCUCUUGCAGCCCUACUAGUCGUAAUUAUAGGCAAUCAGGCCUGUCCAGCAUUUUUAUAUAUGACCCUAAGCAUGCUGGGAUGUUAUUUCCUUAACGCAUGAGCCACAUGCUUUUUUUUUGUCCUAUAUAUAUAUUCUCCCCCCCACUUCUCGAUGGCAUUUUUUUUUUUUUUUUUUUUUUUUUGUCCAGUUCACUUUUAACUGCUAUUUGGAUAUUUGGAUGUGUGCCGUAUUGACAUUAUAAUUGAAGACUUAGUAUUGCCUCAUAUAGGUGAAGAAAUUAACAAGACCAAGAAAUGGAUCUUAUUAAUACAGGUUACUUAGCAGGUUUUUUUUUAUCGAGAUUGCAAACUAAAGUAUUUCAUUUCACUCAACAAGGUGCUUGGUGAUUUCUAAUAUUUUUGGCAAGGACUGUUCUAACAAAAUAGCAUAGAUCAAUGGUUUUCAACCAGGGGUACUUCUAAGAGUCAUAGGGGGUAUAUGCAAGACAGCUGAAAUGCAAAAAUAAAAAUUAAAGUUAAAAAAAAAAAAAAAUCUAAUCAAUUUUUUUAACACUAUUAUGUAUACCGAGCAUCAAAAGAAACUUACCACGAUUAUAACACAUUUAUUUUUGAAAAAAAAAGGUUUUUAAUCACUCGAUCAUUCAUCCUUGACCAUGAGACGCUUGAGUGACUAUGACUGAAGCAUAUGCACUUAAUCACCUAAUUGGUGAGACAGUUGAUUGGACACUGGAUAUGGAGUGAUUUCAGCUGUUGAAUUGCAAGCUUGAAUAAAAGCAAUAAAGAAAAUCACAGAAAAAAAAAACGAUAUACCACGUCUGUCAAGAGAGCAGCAACUUUGUGCAGUCGGCAUGUUGGAGGCUGGACUAGGGCAGCGUACUGUGGCUCGCCCUCUUGGGUGCUCACAGCCAGCAAUUUCAAACCUAGCGAGACGGUAUAACCAGACACUGUCAAUGACAGGCCACGAACUGGGCGACCAAGAGUCAAAACACCUGCCCAAGAUCGACAAAUCUUUUUGCAGCAUCUUCGUGAUGUCAAUUGUUAAUUAGCACAAUAAAAAGUCACUGCAUCUGCUCUAAAACAGUUGGCCAUUUUUCGAUCACGUCUAGUGAAUUUUAUCCAAAUAUAAGUGAUACGUUUCUUUGGAUGCUCAAAUAUAAGUGAUAAGUUUAUUUUGAUGCUCAGUAUAUUAUCUCUAAACCACUGUACACAAAUAUUUCACUUUUGUUUAGCAGCUCAAAGAUUUACAGAACAAAACAGAAUCUAUAACGUACAUACUUUCCACCUGUAUGCAUGCAUGAUGGAUUUCCACUCUGAUAUUAGGGUGGCUGAAGCAGUGUCUGGUGAUUUCUGUAUCUGGAGAGCGCUCUAUGCUGCUCAUGAACUCUGCUGUUUUCAACUUGUUGUAUAAUUGAAUACUAAAUCAGUGAAGCACAAUUAUUUUCCAUUUUUUAGAAGUAUGUUCCGGUAAACCUACUGUGACGGUUUGUUUUAUCAUGCACGGCUACAUUUUGGUAACAAUAGCAGCUGGUUAAAUUUGUUUUCAGUGUUUGAAAUCGAUAUGUUUCUUACUUGCAAAAGAAAAAUGAAGGAAUUAAUCACGAAAGUUAUACCGAAUCGCUAUAGAUCACUUUUAUGUUGGCUUUAAUAAAAAAAAAUAAAAAAAACAUUAUCAAGGUUAGUUAUUAAAGUUUUAUCUUUAUGUUUUUGAUAUUGUAAACAUUUUAAAUGGCACGCAAUUAUGCCGCGAUGGGGAAGUAAAUGGCAACAUGAUAAACAUUUACAGUGUAGACUAUUCCAAGGAGCUUCCCAAAUACUGUCUCUUAAUUUUAAUUUAAAAGUUAACAAUUAAGCCUACUCUUUGGUAUUAUGUCUAAGUCCCAAACUGUUGCGGCAUAAAUGAUAUAUCAAAUAAACAGGGUAAAAUCA